CGGCAGCUAAGCGGUUGCGGUUCCCUACUAAAGCGCCGCGAGCGGCGCAUGCGCGGCGACACGUGGCGUCCCUUCCUCUCUUCAGAGAUCCCUUCUUCAGCCGGACCCGCUCCUCUUCUCUCCUCUCCCAUCACAUCACCUUCCCUCCUCCUGCUGGUCCAAUCUUCUCUCGUUCCCACUCCCUCCCCCUCCCCGUCCGGUCGGCGAAAUUACGAUCCCGCCACGAUGAGCAACGGCAACUUGGAGACCCGAACCCUCUUCGACGAGCUCAAGAGCCUGGAGAAGGGGUGGCUCUUCGAUUUCGGCCACCCCCUCGUCAACCGCGUGGCCGAGAGCUUCGUCAAGGCCGCAGGGAUCGGCGCGAUUCAGGCGGUGUCUCGUGAGGCUUAUUUUACCGCUUCCGAAGCUGGAGGAGCUGAUUCUGCUUCAGUGCCGGAGCUCCCGAGCAGCAGAAGGCACAGGUUCCCUGGUCUAAGAGGCGAGAGCUCCAAAAAGUCACUCGAGGAAAUGGUGAGCCUUGGCAAACUGUGUUACCAAUGGCUCUUCCUUGCAGGUUUGGCCGCUGGCAUGUACUCUGGUUUGACCUACGGGUUAAGGGAGGCUCGUGGUUCACAUGACUGGAAGAACAGUGCUGUGGCCGGCGCAAUCACUGGAGCGGCGCUAGCACUGACUGCAGAGGACGCAACACACGAGCACAUAGUACAGUGUGCCAUCACCGGAGCAGCGAUUAGCACCGCUGCCAAUCUCCUCAGUGGAGUCUUUUAGUCGACUGUUACUCGCAUCUCUUGAAGUUGGGCUUUUUCUUUCAACAAGGACGUUUAUGUUAGUUAGUUUGGAUGUUAAGAGGUGAAACUUGGUUCGUGUAUGGACUCCGCAGUUGGUUCUAUUUUGUUUUAGGGUUUUUAAUGAAUUCUCAAGUAGUAUGCAUGUGAGUUCUAGUUCUCAUCUCAGCUCUUUCUUUGUAGAACAAUUCUGAUCUCUCUAUGGCUAAGGCAAAGCGGUACGCAUUGAUGAGAAAAUAUAUGAUCUUUUAUUUA